CAGCGCCGCGCACCGCCUCGGGACGCAGGCACUGCAGGCCGCGUGAGCGCCGCUGUUUCUCCGCACUCAGGAAAUUCUUGGCGUUGGCCGUGUAGCAUUCUCGGGCGCGCGGCACGCAGCGGUGAAGGUCGCAGACGUUGCUGGGAUGGCGGCGAAGAGCUUCCCAGGAGGCGGACUUGAGCUUUCCGUGCGGCUGGGAGUAGAGCCGCGGCGUGGCGGGGGGCGGGAGCAGGCCGGAGGGGCGGAGCGGGAGUCUAGACUGGCACCGGUGGGCUGGCCGGGGCCCUCGCAAUGAAAGAGAAAGCUGGCGUCGAACUCUGGGCGGUGCUAAGACCAACCACUCUGGUCGGAUGGUCGAACCCGCGUCUCGGGCUGGUCCGUCAGUUUCUCCCCGACCACCGCCCCGCGUGGAGGGUCCCUUGCUGUGUUGUCUGGCGGGCGCAGUGUGUGCCUGACCUUCUGAGUGUUGUGUGUGGUGCUUCCCUGGCGCGAGUGUUGCCGCCCAAAGAUGCAGUGACGCGAGUGUGUACUCUCCGUGUUAGCGACAGUGUCUCAACAGCGGCCCCGUUGCGGCUGCUUCGGCCUACCUGUUGCCCUGCCCGUCCUUGCCACAACCUGCCCGGCGCGCCAGGCCGCCCCCCGCCGCCUGCAUGGUGGACAUCAGAGUCGAUCGUUCACACUCCAACUCCAUGUUGACACAAGGAAUUAUGACGGUGACGUUGCUCCAGUGUGAGGGCGUCAAGAUGAGCCUCUUCCAGGACUUGAAACUUAAGCGCCGAAAGGUUGACUCCCGGUGCAGCAGUGACGGGGAGAGCCUGGCAGAGUCGUCCUCAUGCUCGCCAGACUCCGGCUCCUCGGGGGGUGAAGCGUCCUCGUGCAGCCCGGUCCAGCCCCAGCCGCCCUCGGAGUCACCGCGCGGUUCGCCCCACCCGCGCCCGCCCAACCCCGAGAGGUCGUCCCCCGACAGUGCCGGCGAUGAGUUCGUGGAGGUCAAGAGCUGCCAGGAGUCCGGCUUCGGCCAUGGCGACGACACCCACGAUGCCCACGUGUUCGACGGCGGCGGCGUGCAGCCCGUGUCCUCGUCGGCCACCACGCUGCCCUCGCACGCGGCCUCGGGCCUCUCGCCCAUGCCGCAGUACGUGGACACCGACCUCCCGGAGCGCAUGUCCACCACGCCGCCUCCGCCCGACACCAGCGAUCACGCCUCGGAGGUCACGUCGGCGUCUGCAGGCAUGGGUGCGUCGCUGCCGCCGCCCAUGGUGUCCCUCGGGCCGCCCAUCACCAGUCUGGGCGCCAUCCCCCCCUCGCUGGCCGCCACUAUGGCUGGUCUCACCCCCGGCGUGGUCACCUCCGCGGGCCUGCGCGCCGCGCCGCCCAUAAGCGCCGCGCAGCCCUACUGGCACAGCGCCGCCAGCCGCAUCAACGGCGUGCGGCCGGAGUUCGUCAGCGGCGGCCUGGUGCAGCCCUCGCAGUCCAUCAUGGCGCCCGUGCCCACGCCGGCGGACUCCAGCCGGGCGGGCUACUCCCCGCGCCUCCGCACGCCCACGGUCAUCAUGGGCGAGGCGGGCGGCGUCAAGACAAUGUUCUGGUCAACCCCCAACGAGCUGCAGACGCCCGUGUCCCAGGCGCCGCGCGAGGUGCUGACGCGCCCCGCCACGCCCUGCGGCUACGGCGCCGACACCAGCGACGCGUCGGUGCGGGCGUCCGUGGACGGCCUCCUCACGCUGGGCCAGGACAAGCGCGGCUCGCCCUCGCAGCUGUCCCCCACCAGCACGCUGUCCCUCUCCCCCGCCGCGCGCUCCCCAAUCACUCAGACCUCCCGCUCCCCCCACACCCACACCCCGGUGCCCCGCUCACCCUACGCGGGCGCCCCCUCCUCGCCGGGGUACCAGGUGGUGCGUAACCUGGGCUCGCCGCACAGCUCCCCCGGGGACCUGCAGCUGCUGCACAGCGCCUCCUACAUGCACUCCCCCAGCGGCGGCGACAGCCAGCGGCACCCCUCCACGCCCCUCAACAUGGAGCGGCUGUGGGCCGGGGACCGCUCGCAGCUCCCCCACACGCAGCCUGACUCGCAGGCGGCGCUCAACCUGACCACGGUGGGCAUGUGGGGCGCGCGCAGCACGUGCGUGGAGAGCCCCGCGCCCACGCCCAGCCAGCCCGCCACCAUCGAGGAGGACGACGAGGACCAGCCCAUGAUCUGCAUGAUCUGCGAGGACCGCGCCACGGGCCUGCACUACGGCAUCAUCACGUGCGAGGGGUGCAAGGGUUUCUUCAAGCGGACGGUGCAGAACAAGCGCGUGUACACCUGCGUGGCGGACGGCGACUGCGAGAUCACGAAGGCGCAGCGCAACAGGUGUCAAUACUGCCGCUUCCAGAAGUGUCUGCGGCAGGGCAUGGUGCUAGCAGCCGUGCGGGAAGACCGUAUGCCCGGCGGCCGCAACUCCGGAGCCGUCUACAACCUCUACAAGGUAAAGUACAAAAAGAAAAAUAAGAAGAACGGGCAGAUUAAGCAAGGAGGGAACACAUCACCAGACAAGAAAAUGAGUCUGGACCCGCUGAUGAUGGCCGGAACAACCUCCCUCAGCAGUGCCUCCCUGUCCCUGCCCAUUCCCAGCCCCCUCACCUCGCCCCCCACCAUCACCUCGCCCCCCAUGCCCUCCCCCCUCAACACGGGACACAUCCUCAAGGCAGCGCUCACCAAUCCCUCGGAGGUGGCUCACUUCCGGCAGCGGCUGGACAAUACUGUGUCCUCCACCAGAGAGCGAGUCAUGCCUUACCCAGUUGCACAAGCCAUGAUAAGAAUGUUGAUAGACUGUGAUGACUUUGAGGACAUCGCAACGUUAAAGAACCUCGACGACCUUCUCGACCACAAAAGUGACUUAUCCACCAAGCUCUGCCAACUCGGGGACUCCAUAUCCAUCAAGCUCGUGCAGUGGACCAAGCGCCUUCCCUUCUACCAAGAGCUUCCCGUCGAGGUUCACACGCGGCUCCUCACACACAAGUGGCACGAGCUCCUGGUCCUCACCACCUCCGCCUACCAGGCCAUCUACGGACUACAAAAAUUGGGCUCCAGGUCCUCCGAUGGCACCGAGGCGGAAUUCCAUCAAGAGGUGUCCAACAAUCUGUGCACCCUACAAACGUGCCUCAACUCCAUGAUGGGCCGCCCGAUCACCAUGGACCAGCUGCGCCAGGAGGUGGGCGUCAUGGUGGAGAAGAUCACCCACGUCACGCUGGCGCUGCGCAAGAUCAAGAUACAGAUUGAGGAGUACGUCUGCCUCAAGGUCAUCGCCAUGUUGAACCAGUCCCGGAGCAGCCACAAAGAGCUGGAGGUGAUCCAGGAGCGGUACAUGGGCUGCCUGCGCUCCUUCUGUGAGACCCACUACCCCUCCCAGCCCUCCAGAUACCAGGACCUGCUAGUCAGACUCCCAGAUAUCCAGGCAGCAGCCGCCAUCCUGCUGGAGACCAAGAUGCUGUAUGUUCCUUUCCUGCUGAACUCCACCAUCAACAGAUAGCAAUAAACCAGCGCCGCCACUGGAGCCAGUCGUUGCCUGCGAGGCGUCUCAUAGUGGACCACAUGCCGUCCUGCGCCUGCCGCGGCCCCCCCGGCGGGGCCGUGCGGCCUCCCCUGUCAUCGCCGUAACUGUCAGCCAACCUUCCUUUGGCUUGUGCCCACUGUGGUCAGUCCAUGAAAGUUACCAAUGUUGCAAGGUGCGUGAUAUUUAUGAAGUGACAAUCUAGCCAGAGCAUUUAUUUUGCUAAAGAUUUUUUUUCUGGUGGUUGUGCAACCAACUUAACUGUGAUGGGAGUGUGUACCAGUUUCCUGUGACAUUUUAAUUUUUUGUAUAAAUUUAUCUUUUUCUAAGACUUCCCUAGAUACAUUACCAAAGGUUUUCCUUAUAGAUUCUUAGGGCCGAUGGCGGAAUGAAAAUUCCCUCGACCCGGAACACAAAUACUUAAUGACGUGCAAUGAACGCGUUGCACAACUGUUUGCGGUAUAUUUUCUCUGCUCUUUUUCACCAUCUAAUGAAAAUAACUAGUCGCAGAAAAGUAUAUCUACUUAAGCAAAGAGUUCUAGUUUUAUAGUGUUCAAGAUUGACCCAGCACAAGAAGCCUGCAAAGUGUGUCCGUGAGUGUCCCGCGCGUGGUGUCGUGCGUGUGGAGGCAGGGCGAGGCGCUCCCCGCCGCCCGGCCGCCACAGCCCCGGGAGGCAGUGACGUGCCCAUGGCAGGCCGCGCCGCCUGAGGGGGCACUCGCCAGGGCCACUGCAGGGCCGGUGACCCUCGUUCAGGAGCAGUAUUGCAUGGACAGAUUUACUCCUAGUAUUACAAACAGUAACAAGGAAACAGUUCCUAGAAAGAUCCUACUAACAGUUUUCGACGCACUGAUCCUCAACGUGCUAAGAGAAAUCUUCUAUGUCUUGUAAAACACAUCACUUUUAUUGUUAAGGUUUAUACAGAUGAUUUGUAUCUCAGAGGCACAAGUUAAACCAAGGUCUUGUGCUGCCAUAUAAGUGUACCAUUUAUACAUUUAUUAAGAAUAAAGAUUUCCUAGAAAUAAAUAUGUGGGAAAAAAGUUUAUUAUUGAGUAAAGUUUUGUAAAUACACUUUUACAAAUGAAUCUUUUGUUUGUACAGUUUUCGGUACUAGAGCUGGUGUAUGUUGUGACAGUGUGAAUGUGCAGCUGUGUGUCUGGCCGCAGGACACAGUGGAGGCAGCUUACAGAGUACUCAGCAGACCUACAGACCCAACGCCUUAUACUUCCACGGUUUUAUAUAGCAAAGAUUUAUCAGACAUUUCCGACACUUGCAUUUCUCCUUCAUCCGACACACAGAAGCCUUGAUAUUUAUUCUUUCCUCACUCAAGUUGUAGCGUUGCCCGAUGCAGAUGUUUUGAUAGCCAUGAAAAUUUCCUGGUGGGUGUUUCUAAUUGUCUCAGAACCAUCAAAUUCUUAAUAAAUCGGCGGACCAGUUUGUCGCUGCUCCCGAACCUCACGCCACUGCUGAUCAUCCUCGCGAUAUUACUAUUAUUAUUAUUAUUAUUAUUAUUAUUAUUAUUAUUAUUAUUAUUAUUAUUAUUAUUAUUAUUAUCAUUGUUAUUAUUGUUAUUUCCUACACUGUGGUAAAAUUUAUUAUUAUUAUUAUUUAUUAUUAUUAUUAUUAUUAUUAUUAUUAUUAUUAUUAUUAUUAUUAUUAUUAUCACACAUUUUUGUUACCUGCAUCUCUAAAUGGUAUUCCUGUACUAAUGUUAUAUCAGCACUGUUACCUGCACUAGUCUUUGAUCUCAUGUUACCUUUUAUAUAUAUAUAUAUAUAUAUAUAUAUUUACAUACAUAUAUAUUUCCUUUAAUAAAAUCUUCUGAAACUAUAAAAGAGAAACAAUUGGCAUUCGGGGAGUCAGUGGCGAGAACAUCCUGCAAUGUGAGUACGCUGUAGGCUGACUCUUUAGUAUAGUCAAGCAAUCAAAUUUGUUGCUUCUAUAUUUAAAGAAAUAUACAAGUGAAUUUUAA